UUAGAAUGCUAUUACGAAGGAAAGUCUCACCAUCACGGAGAAUUGUGGUCACCAGGCCCCUGUGUCCCGGAAUGCCGGUGCAAACAUGGUUACGUGAAGUGCACUAAGAUAGAAUGCCCGGAUUUAAACUGCGAUGCACCCAUCAAAAAGAAGUGGAAAUGUUGUCCAGAAUGUUUGCCAGAAAUGCAAGAUGGUUUGUGUGUUGUUUUAUCUCAUUCUGUCAGAACUCUAUGACACCAAGACAUGACCAUUUGUGUAACAGUAUCAAUGAUUGCUUAUAAUUUAUUAACGAUGUAAGGUAACUAUAUCAAUCAACAUAGCCGGAGUAAUAAUAAUAGACAUUGCCUUUCCUGUGGAUGCAAUCAAAUGUUUAAGAGUCAUCGAGGUUAAUUAAUGCAAAAAUUACUGCCGCAAUUUCCGAAACAAAUAUAUCCAACAUUUUACGCCAAAUUUCUCUCCAGGAUUUCCGUCAACAUGCGUGCCCGUUCUCACGUCAAUUUUCUUGCCAGGAAUGUCCCAAGAGAGAUUCCUUCCGGGAUCUCCCACUAAGAUUCUUGUCAAGUUAUCCGCUAGGUUUAUGGGCCGCGUUUUUCGCCAGGAAAUCUGUCAAGAUUCCAGCCAGGAUCAAGUUCAUUCUCAUUAUAUUUUAUAGGAACGUCGUGUGGAGUCUGGACANAAAUGGCUUCACCAUCGGCAUGCCCGGCAUGCCAAACCAGAGGAGCUAAAACUGGGAAUGAAUUAUUAACCCGGCGAGAGAUCUGGGACCUAAGUUUAGCUGGGUCAAUUUUGGGCUGCGAGGGCAUGAACCCAUUUUUUCCAUGCCUAUGAGAUGUUAUUUCUAAGUACCAAUGUUCCCUUGAAUUUUGUCAUGCCUAAAUAUAUAAAAUUUUCCCUCUCUCAUUAAUCCUCAGACUGGAUUCGUUUUUUACGCUCGCUAGGCAUGUUCCACUGAAAAUCAUGCCUAUACCCUUAUUCAAAACAAAAUGCUAUCAAAUUUUAGUUUCCAAGCCGUUCUUGCCAGGAAUGUCCCAAGAGAGAUUCCUUCCGGGAUCUCCCACUAAGAUUCUUGUCAAGUUAUCCGCUAGGUUUAUGGGCCGCGUUUUUCGCCAGGAAAUCUGUCAAGAUUCCAGCCAGGAUCAAGUUCAUUCUCAUUAUAUUUUAUAGGAACGUCGUGUGGAGUCUGGACAGCAGGCGGCAACGGCAAUGGUGGAUGCUGUGUGUUCCCGUUCAACUAUCACGGCAUAAAGUACUUCACCUGCACAUAUCAAGAUCAUAGCAAUCCAUGGUGCGCUAUCUCAUCUGACUUUGAUCACGACGGAGUCUGGGGAGAAUGUAUAGGUAAUGAAGUACUUUUCGGUUCCUGGGAAGAAGCUCAGUCAUGAAUAGAGCAAGGAUUUAAUUAACAAUUAUUCCUCCAGCCCGAAGAGGCCAUGAGGGCGAAAGGAAUAAUUGUUUUAGUAAAAUCCAACUAGUUGGUCAAAAAUAUCGAGACAAAACAACUUUAGCUAGUUAAAGCUAGACUUGAAUCCUUUUUUGCCGCUAAAAACCUGGCGCUUUUCGCUACUAGUGGGCUAUUACACAUAGCCUAGUAGUAGCUCAACCAAUCAGAACUCAGCACUGAUAAUAGACCACUAGUUGGAUUUUACUAAUUGUGAACAGUCUCAGGUAAAAUGAACCCUUUUAUUUAUUAUUAUCAAUGCUAAAUUCUUUUACUUCUAGCGAACAUUAAGCGAGAUUAUUCGUUACUGUAACUGCUAUGGCCUAGGCAACCGCAGUCGAAACUAAGCCUCCUACCAUUCCCUUUACCACUGUCUAUCUCAAUUUUGGAAUCUAACUGAAAUUUGAAACACCAGUAAGUUAUCUUAAGACUCCGACAGGUGAAGUGAAUGAGGGCAGGAACUCCUGAUGAGGCAGAUUUACCUUAUGACUUAGCUUAAGAUUUAAGUUUUCUUUUCUAGAUAAAGGUGAUGCACGAUAUGCUUUGAGAUUCAACCGUCACCAUGGUAAAAAGGCAAAUCAUGGUCUUCAGGACGAGGAAACAGACAUGUUAUCCGCCAUUGCUAAACAAGCUGCUAAUAAUGUGACCACAGAGACCGGAAAAUCAGAGACAUUAUCCGCCCUUGCUCAACAAGCAGCUAACAAUGUGACCUCAGAGGGUGAAAGCUCAUCAUCGCCGUAUCUUGUCCCAUCGCCAUCAAAUGGGGCAAGCGUCGCCGUUCCCGCGUCAAAUGCCGCAAACGUCGCUGCUGUUCCUACUCCAGGGAUUCCAGCUGUCACGUGGACACAGCCUGCAGCCACAUCUGAGGUUGCCACAGCGGCGCAAUCUUACAUACCGUCUCCUUCUCCGAGUGUUGGUUACUCUGUGGUACCUCAGGUGACAGCCCCUGGUACACCUGCGGGACAGACGAUGGUAGGAACACCCUUGUAUCAAUCGGCUUCUCAGGGGAUAGUUUUGCCUGGACAGGUGAGAACGAUAAUCAGUACCUUAACUUCAAAGAACUUGCAUUCAUUCAUUUAGAAGUGAGAUUCCCAUGUUGCUCUGAACAUUUUUGUAUACGUUGUGGAUAUUUCAAUAGUCUAAAGUAUGGAAUAUUUAUUGUGUUUAACAACUAAAUAAAAAGUAACAUAACAAGAUUGAUUACAUCUACUGAAAGGAGGCAAUUUCGGAUACAUAUUUUAGACAAGAAUUUAAAACUACAAGAAAGUUCUUGUCUUAUACACUUUAAAAGUUCUAUUCCAGGAUAGUUCGCUUAUAUUUUACAGUUAAUUGAGCGACUUAGAAUAACCGUGUUGAAGUUUGAAGCUGAAAAGAAAGCGACUUAACUUUAUAAACGACGCAUUUCUCUCUGUUGUCACCAUCAUUGUUGCUAAAGGUCCUUAUUGAAAAAUCGGAUCAAUUUAUUAGGUUUCUGGGAAACUACCCACCUACCCCUCCCUUAAACUAACAUUAACACUAACUUCUCACUUUGGGCAAAAUGAUAGCUUAGGGGAGGGGUAGGUGGGUACGAGAAAUCUUUCCAACAAACCUUUGACCUUCCCUUGGGCAUUCCCAAUCAAAACUCUUCUGUGGGUGAAAUCAAUAAUGCUAAAUGAACAAUUUCAAAACAACAUUAGUCCGUAGCACCGAUACAGUCAGCAGCUGUAGGAAGUCCAUCUGUUGGUAUGACGUACACAUCCGGUACGACUCCAGCCUUAGGACUACAGCCAUCCCUAGCAACACAGGCAGCCCAAUUACCUACAGAAAGCGGGACCCCAGCCCUGGUAACUCAGCCACAACCACAGCCAUCCCAGGCAGUACAAGUUGGUCAGUCGCCCAUGGAAGCCGCAAGUCCAGUGAUAGGUCAGCCACAACCACAGCCAUCCCAGGUUGCGCAACCUACUCAGUUACCGACAGAAGGCGGAACCCCACCCCUGGUAGUUCAGCCAGUACCACAACCUUCUCAGGUGGCACCGCCAGCCCAAUCAACCACAGAAAGCCCAUACCCCUGGUAUCCAUUUCCUGCUACUCAGACCACCAUUGAUCCCAGCCAGACCCAGGCUAUAAAUCAGGCCGUACAUGAAGUCACCACAACAGAACUUCAAGAGAAUCACAAUAUUACAACCACAGAGUCUUGGUUUGGCCCAGCAAAUGAGACUCUUAACAGGACGAAUGGUAAACUUUCAUUAAUAAUUUGCUUUUUGUGACAGCUGAAUGAUGCUUAUUUUUAUAUCACUGUUAGUUAUUUAACAAAUAUUGUCUUGAAUCUGUUUGGUUAUAUAUCAAAAGACAUUUUUACAAGACGCGUCUUGUUACUGACAUAAGGCGUGUCUUGAUGAGUCAAAAACUGUAUCAUUUAACAGAAGACAUUUUUUCAUGCAUUUUUCAAGAAAUUGACGUCUUAUUUUUUCUCUCAUAAAUGGUCCUAAUGAAGCGAUUGCUUGUUAAGGUUAGUAGGUCGGGUUAAACGUUUGUAGUGCAAUGGUAUACAGAGACUGUGUAAUAACAAUUUGUCUUAAAGCAUAAUUAAUAAAGAAACCAUUCAGGUCUGCAGGGUGUUGAUGUGGCAGUUUUGAUGUUCGAUGUCUUUUUUCCUCAGAAGCGGCUGCUGCCCAAGGAAACGACAAUACAAGGGCGUCCACGUCGAACUACUACUAUUACAAUCAACCGGGUAACCAAGCCUCGUACGGUUACCAAGCAGCCUCAACCACGAAUGAAUACCAAAGUCGGAGCCAGUCCCCAUACACAGCCGAUCAACAGAGCUACUCACAAGUCACGGCGGGAUAUAAUAUGUUAAAUAAUAACACUGCUGACCAACGGUAUGGGGAUUCAAACGCGCAGAACACAGCUAAUGGGUAUUAUAACAACGCGGCUGACCAACGGUAUGGGCAUUCAAACGCGCAGAACACAGCUAAUGGGUAUUAUAACAACGCAGCUGACCAACAGUAUCAGGACUCGCAGGCGCAGAACUCAGCUGGACAAGACAGCUACUACUUGAGCCAACAACAGUAUCAAAAUAACGCGUAUCCUGGGUCAUAUUACUCAGGAUAG